AUGGAUCCCUUCGGAUGGGUCCAUUUUUUCCUGAUUUUUCUAAUAUGCCUGGCUUCCGAAGCAACUGAAUGCUAUGGGUGGGUUUGGAAAAGAUUUUGAUGUCGAAUAUGGCACCAAAAAAAUUUUUUUUGUGAUAAGUGUAAUAUAUGUAAUGUUUGGUCAAAUUAUAAGCCUAAUAUUCCGAUAUAACUUUUUCCAGCGUAAAGUGCUUAGCAAAGCGGUCUAACAAGCCGUCGGGGACGAGGUCUGUCGGAAAAUCGUGUACUUUCACAACGGAUUGCGUAACUGGAGCGUUUUGUGAUAAUCGAUAUUGUCGAUGCUGGUCGUCAUAUGUUCAUAUUGAAGAGUUCUGCUGGAAAAGUAAGACGAUGGCCUUUAAGCAGUCCAUGUAAUAAGCUUUCAUAUACGAAAACAUGAUUUUCGACAAAAUCUAAAAAAAAAUCGUCGAAUCUUGACGAUCUCUGUACCCCUGAUUUUUAAAGCGUGUCUUGCUUUCAAUGUCUCCAUCCUUUCUUUAGGGAUAAACCCGGAAGAAUCUGGCUGCACCUACGACGCUCAGUGCGAAGCGGUUUGGCCUGGCGCUAAGUGCGCUUCCAGUGGAGUUUGCAAAUGUGCGGAUGGAGAAGUUACAGUGCCCACAAGAGAAGGCCUGGCCUGUCAUGUCGCCGGCGAAUGCCCUACAAAUGGGGCGAAUGCCGUUCUGUUCAAUCGGAAUAGCAAUCGAAAAGCGGAGUGUUACUUUUUCGACCGGCAUGGCCAAGAAUUGCCGGGGCAUUUUAUGGGAUGUGAGGAUGCUCCGGAAAUGUAUGACUGCAUUGAUGGGGUGUGUUGUCCAAGCAGAGGCAAGUAGAAUACAGUUUGUUUUAAUAGGCUUCAAAUAGAUCCAGUAUUUUCUGAAAUUGGGAUUCUUUUUUUUUGAAUUUUAAAUUUUCCGCCAUCUUGGCAUUCCAAGAGCUGAACGAUGAAAAGUGUGAACUCUAUGAAACAUACAGUAUUAUAAUUUUCAGCUUAUACUUGCAUCCAACCACAAGACGGUGGCCAAUUGGCCAAUGGAACCAAGCCCACAAAACGAUGGUUUUACAAUUCAGCCACUUCAACUUGCCGCCAAUUCACUUAUGGCGGGCUAAACGGAAAUUCGAACAACUUUUUGACUAAACAGCAUUGUGAAAGUUACUGUUUGAGUCGUAAGUUUUAGUCAUCUGGUAUAAUAUAAAAAAUGUAAUUUAGGAUGCCCUCGAGGUCAACCGCUGUUGGAUGACAAUAAAACAGUGGAAAUAAAGACUAAAAAGGACCUGAUUGUGACUUGCCAAUCGAAUGAAGAUUGCAGAUCGGAUAAAUUUAAAUGCACCAAGGUCCAGUUGACACACUUGUGCUGCCCUGCGGCUGGUAAGGAGGAGUUGGAGAGUGGAAAAACUUUUUCAGCGUAAAUUUACCUGCCUUUUGUCGUUGUAAUCUUACGGAUUUUCUUUCCAAAAAUUUUGAAGUUCACAGAUAAAAAAAUAAAAUUUUCAUUAUUGGCUUCUUUUUCAUUUAUUUUAUAAUACUUACAGCCCUAACUCUUUUCAGAGUACAUCUGCAGUGAAUACGGUGGACUAGGCGGAGUUUUUGCCGAUCUUUCCCGGAAGCCCCUUCAAAUCCCCUAUAAUUCGGGAACCAAUCGUUUUGGCCAAGAUCCAGUCCCUCGAUGGCAUUGGGACCGACUUUCCCGGAAAUGCAGACCCUUUAGAUACCUGGGACAAGGAGGCAACUUCAACAACUUUAUAACCGAACAGGAUUGCCUCGAAUUUUGCUCGGCCUCUCUUUGUCCGGUCGGAAGUCCACUGAGAGUUGAAUCUGGAGGAAAUGUGGAAUGUCAAGGAGAUCAGCAAUGCCCACGGAGUCACUACUGUAUCAACACUGUUUGUUGUCCAACUUCAGGCAAGUUCAGGUAGUUUCAAGAAAAAAUUGAACAAAAAUUUUUUAUUAUCUUUCUCAAAAGCGGGUAUUUUCGAAUUUGAAACCUACAGUAACUUCAGACUAUAGCAAUCUGGCUAAAAUGGAGUGCUGAAUAAUUUCAACGAUUUUUUCAGUGACUGUCUGCAAUUUACCUCUUGUAAUCGGCUCUGCUUGCCACUCGGAGCCAGUAACUCGGUAUUGGUAUAGUCCGGCUCAGGGAACUUGCCAAGUUUUCCAAUAUAAUGGCUGUGGAGGGAAUGCAAACAACUUCUUGUCCAUCGCCGAUUGCCGGGAGACCUGUUCCUUCGAGGAGGAGGAGCCCAAAUGCCCGCAUGGCGAUCCAAUUCGACUGGAAAAUGGUCGUAUCUGGAAGUGCAACAAUACAGAAGAUACCAACGAAUGCCCGCUCAAUUAUGAAUGUAUUUUGGAGGAGAAGCAGAGUGUAUGCUGUCCAAAGAAGGAGUAUUCAUGCUCCAUUCCAAGAGAUUCGGGGAGAAGUUGCGCUCCUGGAAAUACGACCAAGUGGUAUUUUGAUGUGGGACUACAAUCGUGCCGACCAUUUGAUUACAGUGGAUGUGACGGAAAUUCGAAUAGAUUUAAUAGCAAGCGGGAAUGCGAAGUUUAUUGUGGAGUUGUGGGUAAGCAAAGAAAUGAAUUUCGUGAUAUUAGGUUAGAUGAAUAAGGUAAUAUUUACGGAGUUCAGAUGUUGUCAAACAUGAAUAAGAAUAGAGAACUCAUUUUCCAUCGUAUAAAAUGUCGCUAUCUUUCAGGAUGCCCUCAUGGAGGACAAGUCCUGCUUGAUCCGGACAAAAAGCCUUUAAUUUGUGGUCCGGAAUCUGCCAAUAAAUGCCCGCAGUCUCACACUUGUAUUCAAAUCGCCAACUCUACUUUGGACAGUCUCCAUUCCCACUUCUGUUGCCCUACUCGAUUUACGGUGUGUGCCAUGAAGAUUGAUGAGGGAAAUGUUUGUGGAGAUCCCUCAAUUCGAUUUGCAUUUGAUCCGGAACUACGACAAUGCAAACCAUUCAUGUUCAAGGGCUGCGGAGGGAAUGAGAAUAACUUCGAGGCAAUGCAAAGCUGCUUGAGCUUUUGUGCGGCGGCUGGUGGGUUUUUGAACUUACUUAGAUUUCAAGGAUUAUCAAAAAAAACUUUUGAAGGGUAUAUAAUUUUGUAUUAUAAGCAAUUAAAAAAAAUUUUACGUGCAACCGUCAAGUAAUGAAUGUUUUUUACAGCCUGCUCCGCCGGCGAAAUCAUCUACAAAGACAAGGCCGAGGAUCCGCCAUUGGACUGCAGCCGAGCUCCUUGCCCAUCCGGCUUUGUCUGUGUCGCCGAUCUGACAAAUCCGGAGAAAAGUGUUUGUUGUGGGACACUGAAUAUGGGUGGGUAAAAUGCUGAUUUUGAUGGUUAAAUAAAUUUUUUUGGCCACGAGGCUUAUAGCAAGUUUAAAUAAUUCAGACACAUUAUGUAAAAAGUAAUGGUAUUUGAUUAAUUUUUCAGGAGUGUGCCCUGAAGGCCAAGGAGUUUUCAUUGACGAAAGAAGCCAAACCCCGCAGACUUGUGCCAACGAUCGCUCUGAUUGUCCAUUCGGAUAUUUAUGUGUUUUCAACGAGCGGCGCAACAAGUUUUAUUGUUGCGCCCCUAAUAUCUACGACCAGCGUGAGUCAAUAAAUUUGUGCUAACUUUCAUACACUUUUCAGUAAAGUGCCCGCCCGGCCUGGACCCGGCCAAGUCCCCCACCACGGAUCAGAUCAUUGGCUGCUCAGUCGACGCACAGUGCAUUCCCGGUUCCAAAUGUCAUAAAUCGAACGGAGAACAUCAGAGUGGGCUCUGUUGCUUGACCGGUCCCCCUUGUCCGCCAACUUUUUUACUGGAUGUGGAGCAAAGUCGGAAGCUCUGUAAUCCCCUGAAAUCAGCGACUUGUCCGGACGGAAUCUCUGUCUGCCUUUACAGCGAUAUCCUCGAGAGAUUCGUUUGUUGUAAGCGAACACACAGGCCUUUUAAGGAGCUGGGAAAAUGUCCGGGAGAGAUGAUGAGGGAUUCGGAGAAUCGCCAGUGCAGUCAGAGCGAGCUUUGCCCACCAAGUUUUAAUUGUAUUCGACGGAAUUUUGAUCGUGUUGGGAUUUGUUGCCGACACAAAAAUUCAAUCAAUGUGGUGAGCUAUCCAAGUGAGUUCCUGAAAUUACUUUUACCGAGGAAGAGAGAAAAUGUUAAAAAAUUGAAUGAGAAUAACGUAUUUCACCGAAAACGACUGCUCAUUGCACUGAAAGGAUAUGUUUUCAGUGAAAUGUUCGAAUGGGGGAAAGCCUUAUCGAGAUGCUGCAGGGUUGAAUCAAAUCUGCAACGAUCAAAUUAAAUGCCCUGAGGGCUAUAAGGUAAGAUCGUUUUAUCAGACUUUCCUUUUUCAUCCCUCGGCCCAAUACCGUAUUAUUUUUCAGUGUCAACUCUCUGAGUCUCCGGGAAGCAAGACUAGAUUAUGUUGUUUGGAGCCUAAAAAGAUUAUCAGUUGCCCGAGUAAUCUGUUGCCGUUAUCGGCAGACGGAGUAGAACAGAAUUGCAAUCAAUCUCAAUGCCCAGCCGGUUACAAGUGUAACGAGGGGAUCUGUUGUCCCACGGAAGGUAAGCGAACGCGAUCACAGAUGCUUGUAGUGAUCCGGAAAGGGUGAACUUUACUUAUGAAAAUUUAAUUUUUUUCGUAGCGAAAAAUCCCCUGCCGUAUUUUAUAGCAGCAAAAAUGAAAUUGCAACCUUUGACUGUCCGUUACAUGUUUUUUGCUCACCCUAUUUAAUUCAGAGUUCGCCUGUUCCGUUCAAUUUUACGCGGGAGUUCAUUGUGGGAAUGCUAAGCCUCAACAACGAUGGUAUUUUCACUCAGCGACUGGUAAGUCAUAUACCCUAAACGCUGUUAUCGUAAAUUUUUUCAGGGCGUUGCCAACCUUUUGUCUACAAUGGAUGUACCCCUAGUGCCAACAAUUUUGCUGAUGAGAAGACUUGUUCAAGGUUGUGUGUGGAGAGCGAGGCUUCUGAAGUUAAACGUAAGUUGUUCACAAGGAAAUUUUACAAUGCCUCUAGAGUAUAAGAUACUCACGACCUUCCCUAUAUCGAUCUUAUUGUACUAUCUGGUUUUCACAGUUUCCCUUUUAGGUCACUGCUCCUACCCCCUUAAGGAUCCCAAGAGUGGUCUGAUCAAGGAAUGUAGCGAUGAUAAUCCAGAAUGCGAAGGUAAGUCUUAAUUGCUUUUACCCAUGGCGACCGGUCUAGGGUCUAGAUUCUUCGGAACGGACCCUAGCCCAUAAAAUGUAGGCUUGGCAGGGUCAUAUAUACAAUUUUAGAAGGUCAAGUCUGCUCGCACAACGCCUUCAGUCUAAUGUUAUGUUGCGAGCCUCCGGAUCAACCGGAAGAUCCAAAUAAUAAAACGAUCAAAGGAAAUCAGCCCUUAUGUGGACCUGGUUACAUUCCGUAAGUCAAUGAUCUACCAUGAUGUCAUGGAAACAACCUUUCACACCUUCCCACAUCUCUUUUCUCUCCACUGACCCUUCAUCUUCUCGUUUUUCAGAUUGAUCGAUGCCAUUUCCGAGGAGCCAGUCCAUUGUCAUCCCUUUUCACGGCCCUGCGAUAAAGGCCAAACUUGUCAAUACAGCGCCGCUUUUUCGGGCUACCUCUGUUGUUUGUUGCCGGACAGAAAAGCAGUGACAAAAUUGAGCAGCAGAGCGAAUAAGACCAGUAAUAGGAAAGCUGUCAAGCCAAUGAGUCGAAUUUUGCCUCCGAAAACUUUUCCGCUAAAAUUUAAACCGACUAGACGGGUGAAAAGUAGUACUGUAAUGAGUAUUAUUACGAGUUCAAGAAGCAGUGGUAGCACUGUACUGAGUGUGCACGGGAAUUUUGUUGAGCCAGAGGAAGAGGAAGGGAUCUCCGCGAUGAUUAUCGAAGAAUAUUUGGGGGAUGAUGAGCAAGAAUGA